CCAAUGCAACUUUUGCAGAGACUCCUCUCACUCCACAGACAUGUCGCACAAUAGCUGAAGUAAACCUGUCACCGCGGCUCAUCAUCUGAGCCUCCAGCAAGGCACGGCCGGUGGGAUUAGACUCGCACAGCCCUCUCCUCUGGCGCUCCCCUCGCAUCGGACCCCUACGUUUGGAAACGCCUGGAUAUGAAUUAGGAGCAUUUUCCUCACUAAUGAACUGGGCCAGUAAUGCUGGAGACCGCGGCGACUCUCUCAUCAGUGUUUCAAGAUGGCAGAUUUUCAUUGAGUUUUGAACAGAAAUCUCGCUUUAUUUUUUUGCCAUGAAUAACAGAAACCCUUGCACCGAUGGCCCCUGUAUACGAAGGUAUGGCCUCACAAGUGCAAGUGUUCUCCCCUCACACUCUCCAAUCAAGUGCCUUCUUUAGCGUGAAGAAACUGAAGGUGGAGCAGAGUUGUAACUGGGAUAUGACAGGGUACGGCACACACAGCAAAGUCUACAGCCACAACAGCAGCAAGAACUUGUCGGCCACCAGUGGCCCCCUCGGCAUCAACAGCUCCCUGCAAGUCACCAGCUCCAUCCUGCCCUACGAGCAGGCACUCAUCUUCCCAGCCAGCGCGGGCCACAUUGUGGUCGCCUCAGCCAGCAGCACUUCAGGGGCCGCGGGGUCUCUGCUGGGCAGCGGGGGUGGAGGCAGCAGCAGCAGCAGCAGUGGUGGCGGCAGUGGUGUGGGUGGCGGGGUUGGUGUUCACAACCUGACGCGCCGCAGCACGGUCAGUCUCCUUGACACCUACCAGCGAUGCGGGCUUAAACGCAAAAGUGAGGAGCUUGACAACAACAGCAGCGUGCACAUCAUUGAGGAGCACGGCCCACUGAUGAUCCAGAACGGUGCAGCCAGUGGGGCCACGGUGGCUACGGUGGCCACCGCCACCUCCACCGCAACGUCCAAGAACAGCGGCUCCAACAGUGAGGGCGACUACCAGCUGGUGCAACAUGAGGUGCUCUGCUCCAUGACCAACACUUAUGAAGUGCUGGAGUUCUUGGGGCGAGGAACCUUUGGACAGGUGGUUAAGUGCUGGAAGAGGGGCACCAACGAGAUUGUGGCGAUCAAGAUCUUGAAAAACCACCCAUCGUAUGCACGGCAGGGUCAGAUCGAGGUCAGCAUCCUUGCGCGUCUCAGCACGGAGAGUGCAGACGACUUCAACUUUGUGAGGGCCUACGAGUGCUUCCAGCACAAGAACCACACGUGCCUGGUAUUUGAAAUGCUGGAGCAGAACCUGUACGACUUCCUCAAGCAGAACAAGUUCAGCCCCCUGCCCCUCAAAUACAUCAGACCCGUGCUACAGCAGGUGGCCACAGCGCUAAUGAAACUGAAGAGCCUGGGGCUGAUCCACGCUGACCUGAAGCCAGAGAACAUCAUGCUCGUGGACCCGUCUCGACAGCCCUACAGGGUCAAAGUCAUUGACUUUGGCUCAGCCAGCCAUGUGUCAAAAGCAGUCUGCUCCACGUAUCUACAGUCCAGAUACUACAGGGCUCCGGAGAUCAUCCUGGGCCUGCCGUUCUGUGAGGCCAUAGACAUGUGGUCCCUGGGCUGUGUGAUAGCCGAGCUCUUCCUGGGAUGGCCCCUCUACCCAGGAGCCUCCGAGUACGAUCAGAUCCGGUACAUCUCACAGACUCAGGGUCUCCCUGCAGAGUAUUUGUUGAGUGCGGGAACAAAGACCACCAGGUUCUUCAACAGAGACACAGACUCCACCUAUCCUCUCUGGAGACUUAAGACUCCAGAGGACCACGAGGGUGAAACGGGGAUCAAGUCCAAGGAGGCUCGCAAGUACAUCUUCAACUGCUUGGAUGACAUGGCACAGGUAAACAUGACGUCCGAUCUGGAAGGGAGCGACAUGCUGGCAGAGAAGGCUGACAGGAGGGAGUUCAUCGACUUGUUAACCAAGAUGCUGACCAUCGACGCAGACAAGAGGAUCACCCCUAUCGAAACGCUCAACCACCCCUUUGUUACCAUGUCGCAUCUCCUCGAUUUCCCACACAGCACACACGUCAAGUCAUGCUUCCAAAACAUGGAGAUCUGCAAGCGCCGCGUCAACAUGUACGACACGGUCAACCAGAGCAAGACGCCGUUCAUCACCCACGUGGCCCCCAGCACCUCCACCAACCUCACCAUGACUUUCAACAACCAGCUGAACACUGUGCACAGCCAGGCCACCAACCUGGUUCCCUCCUCCACCAACAAUGCCACACUUUCCUUUACAAGUCCUGAUGUCUCCAUACUAAAUUACCAAUCUGCACUCUACCAGCCCUCUGCUGCCUCCAUGGCAGCUGUGGCCCAGAGGAGCUUGCCCCUGCAGCCGGGGGCUCCUCAGCUCUGCGCUGCCCGGCCAGACCCCUUCCAGCAGGCGCUCAUCGUCUGCCAACCUGGCUUCCAAGGGCUGCAGGCGUCCCCUUCCAAGCAUACCAGUUACUCUGUGCGGAUGGAGAACGCUGUUCCCAUAGUGACGCAGGCCCCUGGUGCCCAGCCUCUGCAGAUCCAACCUGGCCUGCUUACACAGCAGGCCUGGACCAGCGGCACGCAGCAGAUCCUGCUUCCUCCAGCCUGGCAGCAGCUCACCCACACCUCAGUCCAGCAUGCCACUGUCAUCCCCGACUCCAUGGGCAGCACGCAGCCUCUCGCCAACUGGAGGAAUUCCCAUCCUCAUGGCAGCCAUUAUAAUCCCAUCAUGCAGCAGCCAGCCUUGUUGGCUGGACACGUUACGCUCCCAUCCAACCAGACGCUUAAUGUGGGAGUGGCACACGUUAUGAGGCAGCCCUCAACCAAUAACAACUCCUCUUCCAAAAAGAACAAACAGCACCAGAUGUCUGCCAGGAACAUGUCUGCCUACGAGGUGUCGUCCUCUCAGGCGGUGCUGUCUCCGCAACGCUCCAAGCGGGUGAAGGAGAACACGCCUCCACGUUGCGCUGUGCUACAGAACGGCUCGGCAACCAACUGCCCGCCCCCGCAGGGCUGUGUGGGUGGCGGGUGGGGGGCUAGCGAAGCAGAGCAGGCUUCCAGCACCACCCGCGAUCAUCAGCACCAGCACCACGUCCCCAGACAGACCAUCAUCAUCCCCGACACGCCCAGCCCUGCAGUCAGCAUCAUCACCAUCAGCAGUGACACAGAUGAGGAAGAUGACCACAAACAAAACAACAGUUCCUCGUCAAAGCAGCGGAAGAAUGUCAUCAGUUGCGUGACGGUCCACGAUUCCCCCGACUCCGACUGUUCCAGCAACAACAGCCCCUACAGCGUGGAGCACAGACAUCCGAACAACAACAGCUACGACACAAAGACCACCAUCCUGGACAACUACAACAAUGGGAACCCCCGCACCAUCAUCAUUCCCCCUCUUAAAACCCAGAGCAGUGAGGUCCCGAUUGAGUGUGAGCGCCUGAUGCCAGAUGCAAUGAACCAUCAGAAUACAGCUUACAAAUUCAAAUCCUCCAACGGAGUGUUGUCUGGCAAUAAUCACCUACAAGGGGGCGUGGCCUACCGACAGCAGCGCUCAGGGCCACACCCCCUCCAGCAGCAGCCUCUCAAUCUCAGCCAGGCCCAACAGCACAUGGUAGCCGAGCGAAAUGGUCAUCGACGCCAGCAGGCCUACAUCACCCCAACCAUCGCCACUCAAGCCCCGUACUCCUUCCAUCACAAUAGCCCCUCUCACACGGGCAAUGUCCACCCGCACCUGGCUGCCACACACCUACCCAGCCAGCCCCACCUCUACACCUACACAGCCCCCGCUGCGCUGGGCUCCACCGGCACCGUGGCCCACCUGGUGGCGUCACAGGGCUCGGCGCGCCACCACGCAGUCCAGCACGGAAGCUACCCGCCGAGCAUCGUCCACCAGGUCCCGGUCAGCAUGGGACACCGCGUGCUGCCCUCGCCCACCUUGCACCACAGCCAGUACCAGGCCCAGUUUGCCCACCAGGCCUACAUCAGCGCUUCACCCGCCUCCACUGUCUACACUGGAUACCCGCUGAGCCCCACUAAGGUGAACCAGUACCCGUACCUCUAGAGAACCCACUGACUGACACUGGAAAGCCCGAGCCAGCGCUGCUGAUGCUGCGGCCCCCGAAAACCCAGCCGCCCUGAACACCGUCAACAUCCUAAACAUCCUCUCCUCGACCUCAGACAUAAACAGAGACAGAGGAACAUGCAAUCCUCAUGAAACUAUCACGUAUAACUUGAAGAUAUAACAACAGAGAGAGAGAGAAAAGAAGAGAUUUAGAGCCUCUCUAGAAGGGAAAGAUGGGGUUAAAUUUAACAGGGGCUUACUGUUCAAGAUGUGUUUUUUUCAAUGAUUAUUUUUUCUUCUGAAAGGGCCAGUUUUAGCUUUUUUUGGUCUAUUCUUCAUUUUACUUCAUGAGAAAAAAAGUCUCAUUAGUUAUACAGGGAAGUUUGAAACAGGCCUUUCUGGACAGUGGAGGAUCUCUGGUUGGUUUUCUUUUAUUUUCCCCUCUUAAAUUUGGGAAGUGACUGUGGAACAGGGGUCACUGACUGGAAGUUUGGAAUCCUGAGAGAUUUGGGACAAGGUGAAAUACGGAAACCUGCUGCUCUUCAAAGAAAAAAAAAAUAUUGAUGGCCUUGAACUGUCUUAAUAUUUCCAAAUCAUUCAUGGUGUGGGGCGAACAGAAAGGCAACACCCAACACUUCACCUUCUCCCGCCGAGGAGGCUUCUGGAAAUAUAACCAACAGAAGACAACAAACUUUUUAGUGUAUUUAUAGAUAUUUUUUUGUUCCUUUUAUGUUUCACGUUUAUGAUGAUACUUCAGUUUUAGCUAGGUGUCUUAGCUGGGCCCCGUUCUUAGAAUGUAGCAGUCUGCACCUGUUUGUUUUAAAAAGAAAACCUUUUUUUCCUGAUACCAAUAGAUUUAUAUGUUCCUCCUUUUUUUCAAUGUGAUUGCACAAAGUGGUUAUUAUAACAUAGGCAUGUACAACGUGAUUGUCUGUGUGUGCUACUGUCAGCCAUGCGUGUGUAGUCCACCUCCUUAAAACUCUCUUCAAGUCUUUAGGUUUUGACCAUUGUUCCCUCGUAGUGCCUUACAUAUACUAUAACAACACAGUUUACUUGGCUUGGAUCCUGAAAGCCACAAGAGACUAUAGCUAUACUUAGAGACACUUGUUUCCCUGGUUUCACAUCCUAGUUGGGGCAGUUGUAGCUCUCUUCCAGGUGUAGGCUCAGCCCUUGCUGUAGCUUGUUCUUAAUGACAGCUUACUAUACAUGAUGAAGAUUAAUGUCAGAAAUUGAAAUCAAUUUCAAGCUGAUCUGUUUUAUUAUGUGUGCAUGAGAUAAAUUGCCUGGGGUACUUACCAAAGUCAUAGAUAAAUUCUUGUUACAUUUUGCUUAAUGUAAAUAUGAAAAUGUACAGUAUAGCUGUAGCUGUAAACAUUUAUAACACCCUAAAUGUGGCUUUAGUUGGAAAUAUAUUUGUCGUUUUUUUAUAAUCACACACAAGGGAAUUAAUGCAUCGUGAUUAGGGAGCAGAGAUAUCAGCUCAGUAUUCGUGUACAGGUAAAGAGAUACAGUACAAUGUGUAAGACACAGUAGAGGUCGUUUUUCAAGGUUUAAAGCUAGUCCGAGAGAAGGGCCUGACAGAAAGUAAUGGCUGCCAUGAGGGUGUUUCUGUGAGGCUAAGGAUUUAGCCAGACAGCAGAGAGGAGGCAGAGUACGAAGGGUUGUUUGAGGGAGAUUCUGUGUAGGCACGAGUGAGGGAGCUGAUUGUGAGCAUAGGGUCAGUUUAGGUAGGGACUGUGGUGGGCGGGGUGAAACGCUCUAUCUUAAAUGGGAUUAAAAUGGUAGCAAGUUGGCACUGAGCAGGUUGAUAGUAACACUGAGCCCCCGGGUGGUUGGUAGGAGCCGAAAGGGGCGCUACCUGAAUGCACCUGAAUGCACACUUGUAAUUCUGACAUGAGUCCUUUUGUUGUUGUCAUUUGUUGCCGGUGUCGUUGAUUUCUUCAGC